AAUUACGCGCUUAAAUUACGCGCUACUUUAAGCAUAGCGCUUGACAUAGCGCUUGACAUAGCUUACAACAGUUUCUGUAUUAAUAACAACUAAAUGUAAAGAAAUAUUUACAACAACUACAAAAAUUUUUUGAAAAUGUCACGUAGCGAAAGUUCGCAUGAAGCUACUCUUUGGACUUUUGAAGAAAAACAAAGGUUUGUCAAUGGAUUGAGUAUGGGACCACCUGUUCGCAAACCAGACGGAAAUGUUGAUUGGGUUCGAUUAAAAAAAAUAGUGGGAACUAAAACUUUAAAAGAAGUAAAGGAUUUUGCAAAUUAUUUUAAUUCAAUUGAACAAGGAUUUUUUUAUCCUGAAUUUCAAACAAAAGCAGCUGUUGAUGUCUGGAGGUAUCUUGCAACAUGUCUUUCUAAGGAUGAUGCUGUUGCUGAUGCUUGUGUUCCGCAAGUUCUUACUGUGGCAGGAUUUGAACCAGUUGGUUGUUCAAGUUCUCCAACUGAUUAUUCUCCAAAUUACCAAAAUAUAUAUAAUUACCUGGCCGCUGCCACUCGCGGCACGAAUCUCCCAGAUGUUUCGCCAAUUGAUGCCGCUGUAAUCUUAGAGCUACUUGAAGAUGUUGUUAGAUCUUUAUCCUGUUCAGAAACAUUGAUUCAAAGAGAUUUUAUGCAUAAAAGAUAUUCAGAACUUAGAAAUAUUAUGGUUGCUGGCCAUGUUGAAAAACCCGAAGUUUGUUCAAACUCAACGAACCCGUUUGCAAUUCCUUAUGAAAUUUUAGACUUUAAAAAUGCAAAGUAAAACUAAUAUUCUUAUUUUGUUUAUCUAAGCAUUUUACAUCACAUACCGCUUAUUUGCACCUUCUUAAAAUUUUUAUUUUAGGAAAAAUAUAAGCGAUUAUUCUUUAUUGUUUUAAAGUGAAUUUUUAGAUGUAAACUUAAAGUAAACUAUACUAUUUAAGAUAGUGGCGGCGAAGAUGACGUAGGCUAUUUCUUGUUUUGAAUAAUUCUAAAAAUGACGUCAUUUUAGCUACGAAGAUGGUUCAAAGAAGUUACUUCUAUUUCUCAUUUGUUUUAGAUAGACAUUGAACUCAAAAAUAUUGAUUUAGAUAUA